CACUGACUUCAGUUCCUCCGGUUGUUGGGUGGGGCUUUGCCAGGAGUUGGGCAUUUCCUUUCGGGUCAGGUUUCUAGAAGGGCUGGCAUUUAAAUCUGCUGCAGUGAAGAAGCCGGGGAGACCCGUGGUCAUCCGAAAUUUCACCCUGCAGUAGGAGUAUCCGUUUUAUGACAUUUCUUUUUAUUUUAUAAUUCGUAAAAAAGAGAAAUCAGCAUUUGGAUAGUGUUUUGUGUUGAAAAAGCGCUUCAGUGUUCCAAUGUAAGAGAUCUUAUUUUGAUGGCUAGGUAGCAACGCGCAUCAUCUUGUGGGAUUCAGCUAGCUAACGUAGCAGUUUGAAUGAAAAGCCUCCCUUAGGCAUCUAGUUAGACGCCAUGAAUACACGCAUGUAAAUAUCAGUAUGAGUCGUUGAUAGGUGCGAAGAAAAUUUGUUUAAAAAAUUAUUCGAAUGUAUUUUCGUUCUUGCUUGGCCUUGAACACCCUGGGAAGAUAUCGCUUCCAAUGAAGAGAAUUUCUGAUGCAAAAUGCUAUGACUGAAAUGAAAAACAUCUAGGAAUUUCCGUCUGCUAAAGCAAUUGUAAAUUUAAAAAUCCACGUUAACAGAAAGCAGGUUGUAGAUAAACACUCAUAUUUUGUAGAGCAUAAAACACUACAGUCUACAGAUCAUCUGUAUAAAGUAUUAAGGUUAUCGAUUAUCGAACUGCAUCAUGUUCAGCUGGUUGGGUACCGAUGACAGGAGGAAGAAGGAUCCCGAGGUCUUUCAGACAGUCAGCGAUGGACUCAAGAAGCUGUACAAAACCAAACUCUUGCCCUUGGAAGAGCACUACAAAUUCCACGAGUUCCACUCGCCCGCCUUAGAGGAUGCCGACUUCGACAACAAGCCCAUGGUACUGCUCGUGGGCCAGUAUUCCACUGGAAAGACCAGCUUCAUCCGGUACCUCCUGGAGCAGGACUUCCCCGGCAUGCGGAUCGGGCCGGAGCCCACCACGGACUCCUUCAUCGCGGUGAUGCACGGCGACGUGGAGGGGCUGAUCCCGGGGAACGCCCUGGUGGUGGACCCCAAAAAGCCCUUCCGCAAGCUCAACGCCUUCGGCAAUGCUUUCCUCAACAGGUUCGUGUGCGCCCAGCUGCCCAAUCCCGUGCUGGAGAGCAUCAGCGUCAUCGACACCCCUGGCAUCCUGUCCGGAGAGAAGCAGAGAAUCAGCAGAGCUGCCCAGGAAGAGGGUUUUAGCUUUCUGCGUAAAUGUCCGUAUGGAGGUUACGACUUUGCGGCGGUCCUGGAGUGGUUCGCCGAGAGGGUGGACCGCAUCAUCCUCCUCUUCGACGCCCACAAGCUGGACAUCUCGGACGAGUUCUCCGACGUCAUCAAGGCCCUGAAGAACCACGAGGACAAGAUCCGGGUGGUGCUGAACAAGGCCGACCAGAUCGAGACGCAGCAGCUGAUGCGCGUCUACGGCGCCCUCAUGUGGUCGCUGGGCAAGAUCGUCAACACGCCCGAGGUCAUCCGCGUCUACAUCGGCUCCUUCUGGUCCCACCCGCUGCUCAUCCCCGACAACCGCAAGCUGUUCGAGGCCGAGGAGCAGGACCUCUUCAAGGACAUCCAGUCCCUCCCCCGCAACGCGGCCCUCAGGAAGCUCAAUGACCUCAUCAAGAGGGCGCGGCUCGCCAAGGUCCACGCUUACAUCAUCAGUUCCCUGAAGAAGGACAUGCCCUCCGUGUUUGGCAAGGAUAACAAGAAGAAGGAGCUGAUCAACAGCUUGGGAGAAAUCUACGGGCGCAUCGAGAGGGAGCACCAGAUCUCCCCCGGGGACUUCCCCAACAUCAAGAAGAUGCAGGAGCAGCUCCAGGCCCACGACCUGAACAAGUUCCAGCCGCUGAAGGCCAAGCUGCUGGACACGGUGGACGACAUGCUGGCGCACGACAUCGCCCAGCUGAUGGUCCUGGUGCGGCAGGAGGAGACGCAGCGGCCCAACCAGGUGGUGAAGGGCGGGGCCUUCGACGGCACGCUCAACGGGCCCUUCGGCCACGGCUACGGCGAGGGCGCCGGCGAGGGCAUCGACGAGGUGGAGUGGGUGGUGGCGCGCGACAAGCCCAUGUACGACGAGAUCUUCUACACCCUGUCGCCCGUCAACGGCAAGGUGACGGGCGCCAACGCCAAGAAGGAGAUGGUCAAGUCCAAGCUGCCCAACACCGUGCUCGGGAAGAUCUGGAAGCUGGCCGACAUCGACAAGGACGGCAUGCUGGACGACGAGGAGUUCGCCCUGGCCAACCACCUCAUCAAGGUCAAACUGGAAGGUCACGAGUUGCCUUGCGACCUGCCGGCGCACCUGAUACCCCCCUCCAAGAGGAAAAUUCCAGAAUAAAAUGCGUUGUGGGAUGUGUUGGUUUGGGUGGGUGGCGGGAGGAAGGGGUGCGAUGAAGAGGAGGCAAUAAAUCGGGUUGGGUGACGAGGCUUUGACAGGAUGCAAAUAAAAAUCAUCACGAACAUUUUCGAGACUGUGACCGUUCUGAGCGGGAGGGACUGCAGACGUUUGCUUGCCGUUUUGCUUUUGCGUUAUUUUUUGUUUUAUUUCUUUUUGUUUAAAGGGACUUGUCCUGCUGAAAAGGAGUGGGAGGGGGUUCAGGAAAGGUUUGUCUGGGGUAAAGCUUUUGGGGAACUCAUGCGCACAUCUGCACAUACAUACAUCCACAGGUCAAGUGAAGAUUUUGGGUCAAAGCCAUGAAACGUGACUCCAAAAAAAGCUCAAAAACUGUAGGAAACUGUUUAACAAAAUAUAUAUAUUUUCUGUUUGUCAAAUAUCAAAGGAUCCCUCUGAUGGGACGGACAUGGCAUGCUUAAUGACAAAGAAAAGAAUAAAUGUCAAGCUUCAGUCUUACUUCUCCUUGUACUGGUAGAUAUUAUCCUUAAUAUAAAAUUGUAUUGGAAUAAUGUACUGAUAUGAACCCUUUUUUUAAGUAGGUCUAGUGAGAUUCUCUUCAUGUGAACAGGCGGCAUCAUGAUCAAUGCAAGGCCUUUCUAGCCUGACCGAGAGACUGUUAAAAUGUACAGCUGUCAUGUCGGAAAAAAUUUCCAGUCGAGACUUUUAAAUGUGUAGUGUUUGAAAUUGACAUUAGAACUAUAGUAUCCCUGUCUGAUGACUGUGUUAAUGCCUAUUUAGCCUCUUACAGUAAUGUUACUUAUACAGUUCAGAUCAAGUCGGAUGGAGGAAAAAGAGAGAGACCUUACUACACAGGGAAGGCAAAGGAGAGUGGCGUUUGUAAAAUUGUCCGGCAUUCAUUUGGUCAAAAAAGUAGAGCUUUGCAGUGCCUGUAUUGAUCUAUACUUAUUGGAUAUUUGCUUAAUUAAAAAGGAUGAUGUAAUCAGAUAUCAUUUGGCCUUUCUGUUCAGUAUGUAGAACAUGGUUACCUGUAUUGUCUAUGUACUGUUUUCAGAAGAAAUAAUUUCAAUUAAACUCCUCAUCUCCCCUCCCAGUGA